UGAGAGAGAGUGCGAGCCAGGGAGGGAGAGAGAGAGAGCAGCAGAGGGAGGGGAAUUGAUAUAGUGGGAGAAAGAGGGAGAGGUGGUUACGUGGAGCAGCACCCCACUUCAUCAGGCAGCAUACGGCAGCCCUGCAGUGCCAUCACACUGUAUGGGAAUGGGGCUAUGAGAUCGAGAGCGAGAGAAAGAAAAGCAGAGAGAGCAAGAAGAGGGGUGGGGGGGAGUUAAAAAAGAAGAGCUUGAGGGAUUUGCUCAGAUGAAAAGGGGGGGAUGAUCACUGAGUCUGUUGCCUGUCGUGGAUGCGGGAAGGAUGUGGCAGCAGUGGCUGAGGCUGAGGCACAUCCGUGGUCUUCUGUGUUGAAGUAGCCGGCGUCAGGACGUUAUGCCCUGUGAGCAGUGAGGGGUAACGCGUGUGAGCCAGCAGCAGCUGCUGUGACUGCAUCUGCGCUGCCUGCAUGUCUCAGACAGGCAGGGGAUGCAGCAAACCUCUGCCGUGAGCACAGAGGCUGCUAGCUGUACCCAGCGAGGAGAAGAGCCAGGUGGGCUGGGGUGGGAGCGGGGGGCGUCUGCAUUAGGAAGAAGCUAGCUUAACCUCCGCUGAGGUCUUGCAGUGAUCCUUGCUCUCAGAGUCAAGAGGCUCACCUGCCCGUCUGCUGGAUCUGAACCUGGAUUUUACUGCUUUGAGAGAUGAGAAGCACGUUCUCUGACGGAGCCGCACAGCCAGCAGCCUGCUGAAGAGUGUGAAUGCUGGGCAGCACAGGGAGCGCUGGCACCACCAAGGACACACAGCCUUUUUCCACUGGCAGACAGCUUACCUGGAGCUUUGUCAAGGAAUAUAUACUUGGAUUUGAUUAUGAAUUGAGGAGUUUGGAAUUGGCACACUGUGGAAAUCCUAAGCCAACGUUUCUUUGAUGUAGGAUUUACAAUAUGUCUACCUGACCAUACUCCGUGUGGCUCUGGAGUAAGGACGAAAUAUGAUUUAAGCAAAUGUGUAUUCCUUGAUCAAAAAUAACAUGAGUACCUCAACAGUACUUUAGAAUGCUGCUACCUUCAUUGUAUGAGCCUUGUCCUAGCUCUCAAAGAGGUUGACCAAUGAAGCCAUGGGACUCAGCCAGAGCUUUACAAGUAUGUGGUGAAAACCCUGACAAAUUCAUUUUUGGGGGAACUGAAUAUUUCUGUGUUGCGUCCUGAUGGAGUAAUUACUGAUUUUAGAAUAAAUGACGGGGAUAUUUUUUAGCAGAGUAAAUAAUGUGUGAUAUAUGAAAAUGUCUCAUUUAGUGAUAAAUAAUUUCCAUUUUCCCUCAGCCUGAAAAAUUAACGUUCAGUAUUGUUAUGUUUUUUUGGACUAGCUAGACAUUUGCUUUUACACUUGCUCAUCUGCUCACUAAAGGAAUGUUUAGUGAGCCCUGUUUGUUGGAAGAUGCCGUAGUGGCUCAGUCCAACAUAACUAACAAUACCAAGCUUCAGAUGGGCUUCUUUCCCUGCACUACCUCCACCCUCGCCUGACAUUUCCAGUCAGUCACACUAACACCAGUGGGUGUAUAUUAGCCUAGUCAGUCCCCUGCAGGGCUCGAGUGGUGCCUGCAGCACUUCCUACCCUCCUCCUGUGUUUUGAGUUUAGCCGGGCCCCCGCCUGUAUUGUGGGAGCCCCUCAGCCCCGGCCUGGACCCUGUCUCCCCCCCACCCCGCCUGGUGCUGCUGCACUCGGCUCUGCCUCUGCUGGCCGAGGAUGAUGUGGCAAUGCCAUGUGUCGUCCUCUGAGUGCCGCUGCUACCGGCUGAACGGCUUCUCCCUGCUGAAGCGCUUCCCUCUCUCGGCAGAUGGGGCCUGUGGUAAAGCCCUGGACCAGCCGGUGGGAGAGUGGCUGGAGCACGUGGGGCUGCCGCAGUACGAGAGCAAGUUCCUGCUCAAUGGCUUUGACGACCUACGAUUCAUGGGAAGUAACGUGAUGGAGGACCAGGAUCUCAGAGACAUCGGGAUCACUGACCCAGGACACCGAAAGAAAAUCCUCCACGCAGCACGCAGCUUGCCCAAGGUAAAAGCGCUGGGCUGUGAUGGCAGCACAUCUCUCGCCUCCUGGCUGGAUGGCCUCGGCCUGCAUGAAUAUCUGCCCAACUUCCUCUCAAGUGGCUACCGCACACUGGAGUGUGUUAAAAACCUGUGGGAGCUGGAGAUUGUCAACGUUAUUAAGAUUGGUCCUCUGGGCCACCGAAAGAGGAUCAUUGCCUCUUUAGCAGAGAGACCCUAUGAAGAGGCUCCAUCUAAGUCCCGGCGUCUGUCCCCAAUUAUGUUCCAUGACCUCCUGUCCCAGACCACGUCUCCUCUCAGUCAGAUGGAUCCCUACACCAGUCGCUCCAUGGACAUGCUCCUGCCCCUGACGGAGUCAGACCGAAGACGGAGAGGAGUCGACCAGGACUGCAGCGUAUCUCUGCGUUCUUAUAGCGAGAGGCCGCGCUCUGUAGACAGACACAGUGAACGACACAAAGAUUCUCGAUUGAACCUCCGGCCACCGAGCCAAUCUGCUACCUACGCCACGGUGUCCGCCUGGCAUCACCAGCCUGAGAAACUCAUCCUGGACUCCUGCGGGUACGAGGCCACAUACCUAGGAUCAAUGAUAAUCAGGGAUCUACGAGGGAUUGAGUCCACACAAGAUGCCUGUGCUAAAAUUAGAAAAUCAAAGGAUUCAAGAAAGGGUCCAGUUGUCAUACUUUCCAUUACCUACAGAGGAGUCAAGUUCAUUGAUGCAGCCACGAAGACUAUAGUUGCAGAGCACGAGAUCAGGAACAUCUCAUGUGCCGCGCAAGACCCAGAUGACCUCUGCACGUUUGCAUACAUCACCAAGGAUCUGAAGAGUGGCCACCACUUCUGUCACGUCUUCAGCACUGUGGAAGUGACACAGACAUAUGAGAUCAUCCUCACACUGGGACAGGCAUUUGAGGUGGCUUAUCAGAUGGCGAUUCAGUCCAGGGUGAGACAGUACGUCCCCGCUUCAUCUCUUCCCUCAGAGGUCAUAGAAACCAAAACCAGCCGCCCUGUGUCUCAGUCGUGGAGCAGCAUGCGAAGAUCAGCAAUCGACCCCCUGGAGAUGGACGCCGACAUGCACUCCCUGGGCAGCACCACCUGGCUCUUGGACCAGCGGGACUCCAACAGGCGCCCCGUCAGCACCAAGUACGAGACCACCAUAUUCUGAGGCCGGAUCCCCACAGCCGCCCCUCUGCACCCCCCCUCAGUACUUUCCUGCCCCCCUCUACUCUGCAUCCGGUUCUCUAUUUAUCUCUCUCACACACAAACACUCACACAUAUAUACAUGUGAGCCCCGUGCCUUCUCACUGUGAUGGUAUAGCAUCCCUCAGGGCUGCCUACUCCUGCACCCUCCUUUGCCCUGCCCCAGCGACCCACACCAACCUCCUACCUGCCAUGACAAACACUCCUGCGGCUCCCCCGUGCCUCCCCCAACACCCCCCGGCAGCCUCCCUCGCCUGUUGCUGCUGCAGCCAAUGGCGGAGCCCUGGAACGGAUGAUCCCGGACUGAUCUCAUUUUACAGUGGCCCUGCUCUCUCAACCAAACUGCCUCUUCCUCCUCAUCCUCCUCUUCCUGACAACUUGCAUCUGCCUCCAAAUCCCCCGAUAGCUCCCAGAGGUUACAUCUUUAUUAUUCUUCCUCUUUCAAGCCAUUUUGUAAAAUUGAUUCUCCACAGGCAAAACAAGCAUGUUUUUUUUUUGUUUGUUUGUUUUUUUUGCUCUGUAUCUAGAUUCCACACUGGCUUGACUUAACAGCGAGUUGAAGUACUUCCAGAAAUGUUAAAUUUAAUUUAUAUUGAGUAAACGACAGUUUUAUGUAAUACUGAAGGUGUCAGUAUGUUAAAUGUUAAAUGACCAGUUUGACAUUUUGGGAAAUAUGCUUGUCAAAUUUCUUGCAGAGAUAGAUAGAUAUCAUAUAUUACAUAAUGUUGAUACCACUCUCAUGUCUGUGUAUUAAAUAUGGAAAUGACAAAAUAUGACAAGUGGCAUCUCUUAAACUCCCAAACAAGUCUAAAACCAUCAAAUCACUGUUACACUGUUUCCCAGAGUUGCAUCUUCAUUAUUUUUCCAGCUACUGGCCUUUUCUUAAAAUUGACAACUUUGGAUUAGUUUGGCCCACAACCAUGUCUUGAAGUGCGAUUUGUCAUUUUUAUGUUUUGGUUUUCUGUGACAAGAUAUGAAACAAACAACAUAUAAACAAACAAGAUAUGUCAGUCAGAGAGCUUUAAAGGUGCUGGUUUUGUUGCCUUCAGACGGAGCCAGGCCAGCCAGCAGCUUCAUAAUCAAAUAAGCCUAUUCCCCAAAAUGUUUAACUUUAACGAAUUUAAGAUUCCAAAUCUGUAAAAUACAAAACCAGGAUUUUUUUCAAACAUCUUUUUUUAUUCUUAAUUUACUUAAUUGUUUGGUUGUUUUGCAUCAAGACAGUUUUAAUUUUUUUCUUUCUCCAUCUGUAGCCUGUCCUGUCUUACCAGGCAUCUACCACUGUGAGGCACUAUGAGGAGGCUGCUUUGCUAGCAUGGGAUGCAAGAAGGACAAUUAAUCAAUGAAAGACAAAACAGCAACAUGCAGCAAACAACCUUUUUUUCUACGCAUUUGUACAGUACUCAUAGUAAGACCACAAUGGAUCGGUCACAAAUCUAAUCACUGAUGUCUGAACUCUAAACGGACCAAGAACUGAGACCUCGUACACUCACACACUGGAGGACAACUUUCCUACACUUUACUGAGGACAAUAGCCCUACUUCAUUUCGGUUAUCUGUAAUCAACUAAAAAAAGAAAAAAAAACACCUUCCCGUGACCUCUUCUGAACACAAACACCCAACAACUGCACGCCUCCACCCUGCUUCUAAAAGACUUUUUAAAAAAGAGAGAGAAACACUUUUGAUUUCCUGGUGUAUUAAGUUGACUGUGACUGGCUGGAUGACGUUGUUCUAAAGAUGGUACAGGUUUGUCAGGAUGAGUCUUUGCUCUGGCCUUGUACUGCCCAGUGCCUCUCAGCAUUCAUGGUAGCACUGAGAGCCUGCAAAUCACAUCUUCUUGUCAAUUUAAAGAAAAAAAAAGAAACACUGUGUUAAAAAAAAAAUGGCACUAUCCCUUUUAAAACCUUUUCUUUUCUUAUGGUGCAAACGGGACAUUAGUGCAUUUUGUGAUACUUUUUGAUAGACGGGGCAAACUGAAACACUUUGGGACAGAAUGAGAAGGGAUCAUGAAGUAUCCCGACAUUAUUACAACCAGAGGCAAAAAAGCAAAGAAAACAAUAAAAGGUGUACUGGCAUUGGUUUCACAUUUCACAAUUUUGGUAAUAUAAACCUAAAAAAAAAAAACACUUUCAAAGAGAUUUAAUUUAACUUGAGUGUUUUAAUGAGCCCUGAGCACAAUUUAGUGCACCUUUCCCUACAUAGCAUCUUAUUAUCAUGAUUACAUGGGUAGGUAUCCAUGCUGUUUCGCACCAAUUUAGAAUUAGGUACAGUACACGCAAAGUAUGUCACUUGAAAAUAAACAGCGGUGAAAAGAUUUAAUUCCACUACAUUAAAAGAGCCAAAUCUAAACGUUGCUCUGGUGUCGUAUUAAUGCGAAUGGAUUUGUUAUGCUGAGAACAUGACACCAUUUUUUUUUUUUUUUUUUUGUAAAGGAUUUUCCUUCUGCACUGUGAUUAAAAAAAUACUCGCCGUGGAGUGGACACAUAUCUGUGGGUUCUCCCCUCUGUGUGCACUAGCUACCGUGCGUGCUGUACGCCUUCUUCCUGUCUGUCCUCAUGGGAGUUUGGACUGUUACUGUUACAUCACUGGCCACUGUCCUUGUUUCUGUGUGCUGCAGGAGAAGUGAGGGAUUGAGCUCCUCUCCAGAAGAGUGUGUCUGGAGACUGUUAAGAUGUAACUGGUCUGUGUGCGGUACCGUGGCUGUGUCGUUGCCACUCUGUUCUGUUAACUGUUAGCUUCCACUGACGAUGCAUGUUGGCAGUGUUUUUUGUGUUCUGUACCCUUUGAUGCACUUGGCCUGAGCAGUCUUUGUAUGUACUGUAGCAGUGUCUCGUCUCCUCUCAUUCAUCUGCCAUUCGCUUUUUAUGUUCCCUCCCCUCUUCGUUACAUGCCAAUACAAGCGAUUCAUCCCCAUCCCGACAUUUUGCCAUUGUCGUCAUUCCUCCAACAUUUUUGUCACGUAUGUUCUUCCAUUUUGUGUGUCACCAAGACAACCUGCUCUAGAAUGGAUGCAUAAUAUAAAAGCAUUACACUUUAAUGAGCAGCAGCUAUUUAAAGCAAGUUUUGGUGGCAUGAUAUGGCUGUGCAUGUACCAGUCUUUUUAACAUUGGUGUUUUCCCUGUGUAGCUCGCCCCAGCGUUCAAGUUUCCGGAUACCAAGCUGUGAGUUGAAGGGGAGCAGCCGAUGUGAGUGGCUUUAUUUGCGUGUGUUGAGUUAGUGGGCAGAGCAGUGGAAAAGAGGUAGAGAGAGAAACUGAGAGGUAAGCCUGAUGCAAUGUGCAGGGCCAACCAGUGCUACUCUGACAUUUAGAUCUCACUCUGUAUAUCCCCUGCUCCUCCACUGCCCCUGAGAUGAAUCCCAACACACAGACGAAAAGGUAACCUGUGGACCCACAUCACUGGCUAAACAGGACCUGUUUCACUCCUGUCUUGAGAAAGGUCAGUCAGAAAGGUCAAGUCUAUUUCCUGGCCUCCAUGUGACUUUCUGAUCUUGUCAUGUAGGUACUGUAAUGUUAUAGCACUGUAGACCAUUAAUGAUAUAGACCAUUAAUGAGCAUUUCUAUUGAUUCAGGUCUAUUGAAGAUAGUAACUGUGGGAAUUAUUAAAGGGUAACAAAAUGUAGAGAAAAAAAAAGAAAAACUGUACCAGCAUACAAUGCUUUGCCCAUGUUUGUGGACAGAGUAUGGUUUGUCAAUGAAAAUGUGAUACUGUUUCAAAUUUCAAAGCAAUAUUAUAUUAAUGAAAUUAAAUAAUACAAAGACUAAAGAAUCCCUCUCAA